CUGUUUUCCCCGGCCCCACGGGUGCCCAGGAUGCCGAGCCUGGCCCCCUCUGCUCCCGUGGCCUCACUGACAGUGCGGGCACCUGCGGCUCUCUCCGGGAAACCUGCCUGGCGCCUUGGAGCCCUACGUCGUGGUGAGGACUAGACCCACGACCCUACCCACCACUGGCUCCUCCUGGCUCCAAGUCCAGUGCCAGAGCUACCAGCGCCCCUUGUGGACUCGGCCAGGGUGCCAGGCAGCACCUGCCGGAGACUGAGGUCCAGCUUGAGUUUGCAGACGUAGAGGCGAAGUGGCCCCCGGAAGACCAGAAGCUCCAGCGCCCAGAAGACAGGUGGGAGGGACCCUCCCCAGCAGAGGAAGAGAGCCCGCCCUUGCCCAGCAGCCCGUGGGUCCCCGCGCCUGACCAGGCUUUCCGGGGGCACAGGAGGGAGGUCUCCUGGGCCUGGGUGUCCUCAGUGAGAAGACAGGGGCCCGCUGCCUGGGGAGGCCUGGCUCGGCUGCCCUGUCUGUAGGUUGUCAUGCCCACCUGGGCAGGAGAGACUCCGGCCCCCGGCCUGUCCGCGCCGGGGCAGGAGUGCCCUGUGUAGCCUGGGAAGAAGGUGUCCAGGCCGAAGGCCUGUGGACGGCACGAGGCGGGGGACCCGGUACUCAGCCCAGGCCAGGCCGGACGGGCUGGAGGCAGGCUAGCCCAGCGAGGGUGAGGAGGCAAGGCCGGCCAGCAUCCUCGUAACUGGUCUGGCCAGAGAGGUGCGUUACCUCAAGAAGCGGAAGAGGAGACACUUGCUUCCUGGUGAGGGCGAGCAGCCGCCUGGCCCUGAAGCCGCUCUGUCUGCAGAAGCCGGGGAGAACUGCGCAGGCUGAGGCCAAGGCUGGGCACCCGGGCCCCCUGGACACCCCGGGUCAGCGUCCCUCGCCUGACGUGAGGCACUUCUUUACUGUCAAAUUGCAGGAACGUCUGCCGGGUCACCGGCAUCCGUGCCAGUUGAGCAUCAGGCCUGGCAAAGUGAAGGGGCAGCCCCAGUGCUUGCGUCUGCCCCGUCACUUGGCAGGGAAGCACGGGGAUGGAGGCGGGGGGCAGCGGGGAGGGCCGCCCGAGAAGCAGCCGAAGGGCCUGCCAUCGGCGGACCAGCCGCUGCUUUCCUGAGGGCCGCUGUCACAACGCCAGCGCCUGAUGCCUCGCCUCUGGAAGACAGGGACGGACAUGCGGUUCAGUGUGGGCCUCGGCCACCUGCUCCCCCCAGAGAUGACCCUGCCGCUCCCCCGACGACGCGGUCAGGCAGGACCGAGGUGGCAUGCAUGCCCCCCAGCCAGCCCCAAGCCGGGACCUGUAACCACAGCACCAACGAGCUCCUCUGCAGCCCGGCCCUGCCGCUCUCCUUUGUCUCGUCUCCGCCCUUUCAGGAGGUUCGUGGCCCAGGGGAACCCUUGCUAUCGCCUCCCGCCUCCGGCCUUCUUCUCUACAAAGCCGAGCCCCUGCUCCACGAGGAGAUGGGCGACCAGGUGCUGGGCCAAGGACGGCGGCGUCUGCCUCCGUCUCCGUGGCAGCCGGCCGAGAACAUGGACUCCGUGGGCGUCAGCGCCCACCGGGGGGCCGGCAGGGGGCGUCGGGGAGCCCGAGGAGUCAGGCGGCGCUCGGGGUCCUCGGCCUGCCCCUGGGCCGCGCUCCGGAGGACAGGCUGCAGGGACAGCGGUUGGGGACAGCUCAGCCUGUGGCUCUCGGGCCCGGCUCCCCGCGGCCGGGCUUCCCGGAGUGGCUGGUGGCGCAGCAGCGGCCGCCGCGCGAGUUUACGAGGAGAAGCAGCGGCUGGGCAAGCCGGGGGCCGCCUCCUGGAACCUGAUCUACAGCCCGGUCAUGCGCCUGCGGCCCUUCCGGAUGGCGGCCGAGGAGGGACGCGCCGCCCGGGCCGCGUUUGGCCUGGUGCAGCCCCAGCUGCGCUACCGGCACGUCUCCCUGGAGCGGAGCGCCCGAGAGAUGGGCGUGGCCUUGCGGCUGGCCUAGGGCCCAGCCCCUGCAGCUCUCCACGGACCGCCAGCUCACUGAGCUCUUCCACCGCGAGGACCCUGCCAGACCCCCCGCUUCAGGGGCAGGAUCGAGGCCAUCCUCCCCGAGGGGGCCGAUCUCCACUGGAGGCAGGCUCUCGCAUACAAGGGACCUGCUGGCCCUUGAGUGGGGCUGCCGGAGAUGCGUCCAACCCGGGCCCAGGCCGAGUGGAGGGGGCGACCUGUGGGGUGAGCAGCCUGCUGACCACCAGCAGCACCUGCGUCGCAGCUGCCCGAUCCCCCAGCCCCCCGGACCCACUUGGUCUCAUGGAGCCUCGAGGCGAGAAGUCGGGAGAGGCCGACGGGGUGCACGUGACGCCCCAGCUGCUCAAGGCGCGCUCGGGCGAGUUCUCCCUGGAGUCCAUCCUGCUGCUCAAGCUGCGGGGCCUGGGGCUGGUGGACCUGGGCUGCCUGGGGGACUGCCUGGGCCUCGAGUGGCUGGACCUGUCGGGCAACGCGCUCACCCAGCUGGGCCCGCUGGCCUCCCUGCGGCAGCUGGCCGUGCUCAAUGUGGCCGACAACCGGCUGACGGGCCUGGAGCCCCUGGCCGCCUGCGAGAACCUGCAGCGUCUCAACGCCGCGGGCAACCUGCUGGCCGGGCCCGCGCAGCUGCAGUGCCUGGCGGGGCUGCGGGGUCUGGAGCGCCUGCGGCUCCGAGACCCCUUGGCUCGGCUCAGCAACCCGCUGUGUGCCAGCCCCUGCUACUGGGCCUCAGUGCGCGAGCUGCUGCCCGGCCUGAAGGUCCUCGACGGCGAGCGUGUGAGCGGGCGCGGCAGCGACUUCUACCAGCUGUGCCGGGACCUCGACAGCUCCUUGCGCCCCGGCCCUGGCACCCCCGGCCCCCGGCCGGCGGAGGCCCAGCCCUGGGUGGAGCCCAGCUACUGGGAGGCCUGGCCCCCACGCAGUAGCUCCAUCCUGGAGGAGGCCUGCCGCCAGUUCCAGGACACGCUGCAGGAGUGCCGCGACCUAGACCGCCAGGCCCGGGACAGCCUGGCCCAGGCGGAGCGGGUGCUCGGCCCCGCGGGUGCUGCCGCUGCCUCCUUCGUCUUCUGAAGGCGCCCUGGGGCGCUCGGUGGCCUUCCUGCUCGUCUGGACGGUUUUGUCCGGCUGCUCGCUGCCCUUCAAGGAAAACUCUCCAGAUGUCUAUCAGAGCCGUACCUCCCUCGGGUCAUCCCCAAGCAGCCGGCUCAGCAUGAGGCUGUCCUGCCACCUACGCAGUGCGCCUGGGAGGAGGUCCCUGGCCCCUUCCGUGGCCACAGCUGCUGCCCGUCCCGGCUGCAUGAGCCUGAGGCUUGGGGGAAGAAAGUGGCUUGGUCCUAAGGCUGCAGGUGGGCAAGGCGGGAAGGCCGCUGAGGGCGAUGCUGAGCUCGGCCAGCCGGCCGUGGAAGCUGCAUUUAUCCACCUUCCAGGUUCUCCUAUCCGGUGAUUCUCUGCUGUGUCCCUCACUCCUGGGUCUCCCUGGAACCUCCACUGUCCCCAUUCCCACCCAUGCUCAUCCCUAUUAAAUUAUGUUUUAAUUUGUAUCAGUA